AUGUGCUUUGAAGAACACUCGUACAUCCAAUGCAACCUGAAUGCGCCCGGGGCAGACACAAGCAUACAAAGCCACCUGCCCUUCCCACCGAGUAAACAGAGUGAAUCCAAACCGUCUGAGUUCAUCAUCACUUCAGACAUAAUCAAGGAGCUUCAGCCUGAUUGUGGGCUCAGCAAUCGCGUUAAAAUUAUGCACCAAGUCUGUGAUUUGGCCAAGACGAAAAAGUUUGAGGAGCAUGCUGUUGAGGCUGUGUGGAAAGCUGUGGAGGACAUGUUGGCUCCAGAACAACCACCUGAGGCCAGACAUGCAGUGCUGCAUCUUCUCCGAGCCAUUAUUCAGGGGCAGGGGGAGCGACUUGGACCUCUCAGAGCUUUCUUCUUCAAAGUAAUCCGAGACUACCAGCCAUGCAACGAGGACCUCUCAGAGCGCCUCGAAGUGUUUAAGGCUUUAACGGAAAAUGGCAAAGACAUCACAUACCUAGAAGAAGACAUAGCUCGGUUUGUCCUCCUGUGGAUGGACAUUGGUCUCACCUCUGACUUUCUCCAUGUACUUGUCAAUAUUGUAAAAUUCAACAGCUGCUAUUUGGAUCAGAAUGUAUCAAUUAUGGUCCAGAAAAUCUGUCUUUUGUGCAAUCGAACAACUUCCUCUACCGACAUAGAGGUGGCUUUGCAAGUGUUGGAUGCAGUGGUUUGCUACAACUGUCUUCCUUCUGACUCACUCACCAUUUUCAUCAUUACACUUUGUCGCACAGUUAAUGUCAAAGAGUUUUGUGAAUCCUGCUGGAAGUUAAUGAGGAAGGUAUUAGGUACUCAUCUUGGCCACAGUGCUAUUUACACUAUGUGUAGAAUAAUGGAAGAAAGGACUUACCAGGAAGAUGCCCCAUUGUUAAGGGGAGCUGUAUUUUUUGUUGGAAUGGCACUGUGGGGUGCACAUAGACUCCCUGCUCUCAAAAAUACACCCACGCUCGUCCUGCCAUCUUUCUAUAAGGCCAUGUCAUGUGCCAAUGAAGUGGUUUCCUAUGAAAUCGUCCUGUCCAUAACGAGACUCAUUAAAAAAUAUGGCAAAGAGCUGCAGGUGGUCACAUGGGACAUCUUACUCGGUAUCAUUGAGCGACUACUGCAGCAGAUCCAGACGAUCGGAAGUGUGGAGCUGAAGGCGAUUGUCUAUGAGCUGUUGACCACAGUGGAGGAACUGUAUGAGCAGAACGGGUACCAUGGCUCCACGGAGAAGUUUUUCAGUUUGGUGGAGAAAUGCGCUGACAAACGAUCUGAUGCAUCAGUGCUGACACUCAUAUCGUACAGAGCUCAAUCUAUCCAGCCAGCCAAGGAUGGGUGGAUCCAGAGUCUGCACCGCCUUAUGGAGAAAUUUUUCCGGAACGAAACGCGGAGUGUAAUAAGGAUCAAAGUUCUUCACAUCCUCUCCUUUGUUUUGAGUACCAACAGACAGCUUUAUGAGGAUGAGUUGAUUGAAAUGGUAGUGAUUCCUCAGCUCAGUGGAAUAGCGGAGGACCGGGACUUGGCUGUGAGGAAACAGGCCACUCAGCUGCUGGUGGAUUUGGCAGAGGGCUGCAACACACAUCACUUCACCAGUCUGCUUGAUAUCAUAGAGCGGGUGGCCAGUCGCUCUCUGGUGUGUUCCGGACCCCUGGAAGUUUUAGAGUCUCCAUCUGCAGAGUCACCCAUGGAGGAUGUCAGAACUGCUAUUCUUGGCCUCUUGGAAAUCCUACAGAGUAAGCUCUACAGUUUGCCGGCUAGCCAUGCCAGUCGUGUGUAUGAGCUGCUCAUCAGUCAUCUGCAGCUUCACUAUAAGAACAAGUACUGCUCCUCCAUUGCCUCCAGUAUUCGACUACAGGUUUUUGAUUUCUUCCUGAUGAUGCGUGCUGACUCUCUUCAUCGAAUUGGGGUGCCAAAUAAAGAGGGGGCCAUUAGAUUUAGCCCCUACUGCUAUUGUGAUACAGGGGAAUCAGAAAAACGAGUAAGUGAAAAGAAGCCAACAGGAUCAACAUCGCCCCCUGCUGGCAGCCCUGCACCCUCCACCGCAGCGGCUCCUGUAGCAACUUAUAUCCGCACAGCGUACCUGCCCUAUGCCCUCGCCUUCACCGUGCUGCUACAGUGCCUCAAGAUGGAGACCGAUUGGAAGGUGUUGAAGCUGGUGCUUGAUAAGUUGCCGUGGACUCUGCAGUACAAAGUGUUGCUGCUCACCUCCCCAUGCAGCUUAGACCAACUCUGCUCUCAUCUCUGCACCAUGGUGACAGAUCGCUUAAUCUCGGAGCGCUUGAAGAAAACGCCAGAAGGUUUUUCUCGAACUGAUGUCCAGCUGGCAGUCGUGCCUGUCCUCACUGCCAUUACCUCCUAUCACAACUAUCUGGAACAGUCCAGACAGAGGGAGCUGGUCCAGUGCCUGGAGACUGGCCUCAUUUACCGCUGUGCCAAACAGUGUGUGGUGGCUCUGACCAUGUGCACUGUGGAGAUGCCGGACAUCAUGAUAAAGCUGCUCCCGGCUCUGAUCGUCAAACUCACCCACAUCUCGGCCACUGUUGCCAUGGCUUCACCCAUGCUCGAGUUCCUCUCCACUUUGGUUCGCCUUCCCCAUCUUUAUGCCAACUUUGUAGCCGAGCAGUAUGUCAGCGUGUUUGCCAUAUCAUUGCCUUACACAAACCCAUCCAAGUUUAAUCAGUAUAUAGUGUCUCUUGCGCACCACGUCAUCGCCAUGUGGUUCAUUCGCUGCAGACUUCCCUUCCGCAAGGACUUUGUGCAGUACAUCACAAAGGGGCUGCGAUCCAAUGCAUUGUUGCCGUUUGAUGAUAGUCACGAGCAGAGCUCAUUUCGCGCUCGGAGUACAAGCCUCAAUGAGCGACCCAAGAGUCUGCGGGCAGCUAAAGUGGCAAGGGCAGCAGCAGUGGCAGUUGCCAAUAGCCAGUCUCCGGUUAAAGAACUGAGGGACCUGUCCGCCAUGGAUGCUUUCCGGUCCCGCAGCAUCAGCGUCUCCGAUCACGCGGUUCGCAGGAUGCAUACGUCCACCACCACCUGCAGUUUGGGCUCCGCUGAUGAGAACUCGGUGACUCAAGCCGAUGAGGGCUUGAAGACCGUCCACCUGGAGCUGACAGAGACCUGCCUUGACAUGAUGGCACGCUACGUAUUCUCCAACUUCUCUGCUUUACCCAAGAGAUCUCCCAUCGCAGAGUUUCUUCUUGCGGGUGGUCGCAGCAUGACCUGGCUUGUUGGCAACAAACUUGUUACCAUAACAACCAGCGGAGGGGUCCGCACUCAAGCUCUCCUUGGUCUGGACGUGAAUGAUCACCUUGGCGGAGGCGGGGAGAUGACCAGGUCGGACCCAUCAUUGCACACCAGAAUGACCAAAGAGGCUCCGGCCAAACUUGAGUCUCAGUCAAGCCAACAGCAGAACAGACGAAUUCGGGUCCGCUCAAUAUCAGGUGGCCAUGCUCUACGUGCGGGUCCAGCUCAGAGUCUCAGCCCGCUGGUCUCCCCUUCAGAAGGGGAGUUAGCUGCUCCUCUCUCUCCCUCUGCGGGACCAGCUCUGGAGGGCCUGGGGCCCCCCUCUUCCACCACAUCAACUGCUCCUCCUCCCCUCAAAGAUCACCCUAGUCUGGCAGAGUUUGUGCCCAUGCUCACCCAAGGCUGGGCAGAGAUCUUCAUCCGCCGCCCGUCCGGGAACACGAGUUGGCUGAUGUGUCUGGAGAACCCUCCCAGUCCUUUCUCGUCAGAGCUGGGCAACAUGCCUCUGCAGGAGCUGUCCAGUGUGCUGAUGGCCAUGGAGGGUGUAAAGGAGCCCCCCACUCAAACAGCUAGUGCCCCGGCCAGCACCACCGCCCCAGCCCCUGUGUCUGAUGCCCAAGCACUCAGCAGCCACUCGGGGAAGGCCAACCUCAUCCAGCGCUCCAACACCGUUGGCGGCUCUCUCUGGUCUCUGGGUCUGGGCUCGGCCCCCUCAGGGCCCCCGGCCCCGGGCCGGCUGCACAGGAGCAUUUCCUGGGCAGAUUCAGUGGUUGUGCUGGAGGAGGGUCCAGGGGUCUUGACGCCUCACACUGAUUGGGUCGAUACCGAAGGGUUUGAGGCCAUGCCCUCAGACCCCAUCUUCAUGUCUGCAGACAAGUCGACAAAGAGCCAUGGGACCCUCAGCAGGUCGUCGUCUACCUCUAGUCAAGAUGAUGAGAAGUCUACUCUGGAGGAGGUGAGUGAAGGAGCCAUCCCCAUCGACCAGCCGGCUGCGGGGGCCUCCACUCCGGGCCAGGGGCCGGAGCUGCCCUUCCAGAGCCACAGUCAGACGCAGGGACACGGCCUGAACAAGUCCAGCUCCUCCCCCGAGCUACAGACUCUUCCAGAGGCGUUCUCUAAAGCUUCUCUAGAGUCUGAAAGAGACACGUCCCGCCCCAGAGCGCCCUCCGAUGGUAAACCCCCGCUACUCUUGGACAAGGACAAAGUCGAGGUAGUGAACGGACAGAACGAGGGUCCCACAGUUGUGGCGUCUCAGAAUGUGGGGUCUAAGAUGAGGCUGGAGUUCCCCACAGCAGCAGUGUCUCAGGGGCCCAUCUCCCCUGGAGGGGGCCACAGGCCGAGGGGCCACACCAUCUCUGUGUCUGCGCCCUCCUCGCGGCGUGAGCGAGACACCUAUCAGAGCCGCUCUGGACCCAGCACCUCAGAGAAGCUGUCCGGACUCAGCCCCAGUUUUGUUUUUCUACAGCUUUAUCACUCUCCGUUCUUUGGUAAUGAAGCCAACAAGCCUCUGCUGCUUCCCAAAACACAGGUGAUAGAUCGCGCAGUGAAGGUCCUGGACCAAAUGCCUCCGUAUGACACCCACAAGAUCGGGGUAGUUUUUGUUGGGGCUGGGCAGGUGAACAGCGAGGUGGCCAUUUUAUCCAACGAGUACGGCUCAAACCGGUACGCAGCGCUGCUCACCGGACUGGGCAAACUCAUACACCUGAAAGACUGCGAUCCAGACCAGAUUUUUCUGGGAGGACUCGAUCAGUACGGGGACGACGGGGAGUUCACCUACUGCUGGCAUGACGACAUUAUGCAAGCCAUCUUCCACAUUGCCACGCUGAUGCCAAACCGAGAGAGCGAUAAAGGCUGCUGCGACAAAAAGCGACAUAUUGGAAAUGAUUUUGUGAUGGUCGUUUACAAUGACUCCGGGGAAGAAUACAAACUGGGCACAAUAAAGGGUCAGUUUAAUUUUGUGGAGGUGAUAAUAAAACCUCUCGAUUAUGAAUGUAAUCUGGUGACGCUUCAGUGCCGUAAAGAUUUGGAAGGGCUCGUCGACACAACAGUUGCAAAAAUCGUGUCUGAUCGAAACCUCCCCCUCUUAGUGAGACAAAUGGCCCUACAUGCCAACAUGGCUUCUUUAGUUCACCAGAACCGCGCCAACCCUUCUGAUGCGUAUGCCUCCAAAUGGCUGGCCAGGCUCAGACACAUCAAGCGGAUUCGGACGAGGGCGCAGGAGGACAUCCAGUCACGCUCCACACCUGGGAUCUCGCUCACCCAAGGCCACACGCAGAAGUCCGUCCAGCAAAACCCUGAAGCCGCGGGACAACGGAAGAGGCUGGUUUCAACCGUGGACGACUUCACAGAUUUUGUUUGA